ACGUGGUCACAGCACGUGACCGGGUUCAAAGGCAAACACGGUCAUAAACAGCUGUGCAGCUCUUCAGUAUGGCGGUGCUGGUGGGACGCAGAGCCCUGCGGCAAGCCGUCCGCCUGCAGCCCGCAGAACUGGACGGCUCGAGCUGGCCGGCAGCGACCGUCUUCCGCCCGAAACACCAUGUUUUCUGCGGGGCAGCGUCGCCUCGCUCUCGCCCGAGCCUCGGCGCAGUGACGCGACAGUACAGCUCCGAUUCCAGAGAUGACCUGCGCGUCAGGUACCUGGACAGAGAAGACGCCGGUAUUGUCGUCGUCGGUAUAAAUCGACCAAAGGCCAAGAACGCCAUAAGCAAAAAUCUGGUCAAACUGAUGUUUGAGGCCGUUGAGGAUAUUAAGAAGAAUAACAAAGUGCGCAGUGUGAUCUUAUGCAGCGCCAUUCCGGGGAUCUUUUGUGCAGGCGCAGACCUGAAGGAAAGGGCCAAGAUGCACCAGAGUGAAGUAGCACCGUUUGUGUCCAAAGCAAGAGCCCUCAUCACAGAACUGGGGAACCUGCCAGUACCAACAAUUGCUGCAAUUGAUGGAGUUGCCUUAGGUGGAGGCUUGGAAAUGGCCCUGGCUUGUGACAUCCGAGUUGCCGCCAAUACUGCAAAAAUGGGGCUGGUUGAGACCAAGCUUGCAAUUAUUCCUGGUGCAGGUGGAACGCAGCGUCUUCCCAGGGUCAUCGGCGUGUCACUUGCCAAAGAGCUCAUCUUUGCAGCGCGGGUCGUGGAUGGGACGGAGGCCUGUCGUCUGGGCCUCGUCAAUCAUUCUGUUGAGCAGAACGACGGUGGAGACGCGGCUUACCUGCGAGCGCUGGAGCUGGCCCGAGAGAUCAACCCCCAGGGCCCAAUCGCUGUGAGAAUGGCAAAACUGGCAAUCAACCAGGGGAUAGAGGUUGAUCUAUCUACAGGUCUGGCUAUUGAAGAGGCAUGUUAUGCCCAGGUCAUACCAACAAAGGAUCGCUUGGAGGGUUUGGCUGCGUUCAAGGACAAGAGGAAUCCACAGUACCGGGGGGAGUGACGCUGCACGGCUUCAGCUUCUUCUCAUACAUGAGAACGUCUCCUUGUGUUUUAGGUGUAUUGUUACACUUAAGACAGAACUGGAACCACACGGGUUCAUGACAGUCGCCUCUCACUUGUAAUCAAACCUUUACUUCAUUGUAAUUACUAACAUAAACUCACUCAAUAUAACAAUCACCUCAUUGACUAAUAAAGUAGAAGCUGUGUGAAACA